CCAUGGAGAGAGCGGAAAAAGGUGCAUCGUCAUCACUGUCGACCUCUUCAUUUUCGCCCAGCACAACAACAUUAGAUGCUGCAGCUGAUGUCGAAGGGAGUGAACUGAAUGGCAAUAUGCUCCGAAAUUAUAAGAGGACAAGUAAUCGUCAAGCACGGAGUCAAGAAGCGAUGAAAAUAGCUAUUGAAGCAGUUAAAGAGAAAAAAUGGGUUGGCUUCUGGCUUCUUAAGACCUUCAAAGUGCCACAAGCUACACUAAGGCGGCAUGCUUUGGAACAAAAUAAAACAGUUGCACCUGCAGCAAAAGGUUUAGGCCGAUUUCAGCUAACAUUUCCUCUUGAAAUUGAGAGACAAUUGGUUGAGCACAUCAAGCUACUUGAAACUCGCAUGUUUGGAUUAACGCGUACAAUGGUCCAAGAACUCGCUUUCGAAUUGGCUGAAAAGAAUGGCUUUUCACAUAGGUUUAAUAAAGAUAAGGGUAAAGCUAGCCAGGAGUGGCUAGAUGGAUUUUUAAAACGCCAUAAAGACAUAUCUUUACGAAAACCGGAGCCUACCUCCGCAGCCAGAGUCCAAGAUUUUAAUAGACCUCAAGUAAGAAAGUUUUUCGAUAACUAUCAAGAAUACAUACACAAACACAAAUUGAACGCGAACCAGAUCUACAAUGUGGACGAAUCGGGGCUGUCUACUGUCCAAAGACCUCAAAAGAUCCUGGCUACCGCUGGCAGGAAGCAAGUCGGAGCCAUUACAUGCGCCGAGCGGGGAUCCAAUGUGACAGUUGAUCAGAACCUUCCAUCGUUGCCAAUAGAACCGGAGGCUGGCGAGAUUAUGACCCAGGAACAGAAUAAGGCCCCUGAAUCUUCAUCGAAGCCAUCCACUAGUUCUUGUAAACCAUCGGAUUCUUCAGACGCAAUAGCAGUCACUAAUGAUAUUCAUAACACAGUGACUGGCCCGUUAGACAUUUCCCAACCAUCCACAAGUUCCUUUGCAUCGACAAGUUCUUUAGCUAUUCCAGUUAAUGUCAUUUCUCCAGUUCCCAGUGGUAAAUUUGUAAGUCGACAGGGUAAACGAAAGUCAAACAAUCGAACGACAACAUUCCUACUUACGUCAUCACCAAAUAUGGCAGAAUUAAAGUACAAACGAGAGAUUGCAGCUGAAAAACCAACUCGUAAAAGGAAACAAGCAGUUACUAAGUCUCUUUACAUUGAUGAUGACUCAGAUGAAGAGCGCUCUGAUCAAGAAGACGAAGAAGAUGAUUGUGCCUGUAUUUACUGCAACGAUCUCUACUCACGUUCAAAGCCUGGUGAGGGGUGGUUGGGUGCAGGCGGUGCAGUCGUUGGGUUCACGCAGUCUUUGCUGAUUUGCCAAAGCGUACCAAAAUAUGGUAUGGACAAAACGCAUUUUUCUUGA